GGUGCGCGCGCUGCUCUGUCCGCGCGGCUUGACGCGCCUCUCCUCUGUGUGCAGCCUUGCGUUGGGGUGAAGCCGCAUAAAAGCGUUUCCACAAUGCGGGCGUGAGGUGCUCCAUGGAGUAGGGGAUACAGGAGGAGGGUCACCGGCGUCACACCGAGCCUGUCCGCCAGGCACCGGAGGAAUACAUACAAAGAAAUAACCAUGUCGAACCGAAAGCACCGGGACAACCAGGAGAUCUGCGCCCGCAAGGUCCGCGAGCUGGCCCAGUCUGGAGUAAACAAACACUGCUUCGAGUGCAACCAGCCCGGGGUGACUUACACCGAUAUCACGGUGGGCAGCUUCGUCUGCACGUCGUGCUCCGGAAUGCUGAGAGGACUCAACCCUCCCCACAGAGUCAAGUCUAUCUCCAUGACAACCUUCUCCCAACAGGAAGUGGAAUUCCUCCAAAACCAUGGCAACGAGGUCGGGAGGAGGACUUGGCUGUGCGUGUUUGACCCAAAGACGGACGGCUGCUCCGACAUGAAGGACUCUCAGAAGUUCAAAGAGUUCCUGCAGGAUAAAUAUGAGAAGAAAAAAUGGCAUUUUUCCAAAAGUAAGAACCGGAGGGAUGUCGAGGGUCCUUGGAGCCCAGGGGUCCAGGCCGUGCCUCCUUCCCAUGGUCCCUUAGCAAGCCAAGCCCCCUCCCAUAACCUGCCCCCUAACGCCAGGUCCACAAGGCCGCUGUCUCAGUCCCAGCUGCCGUCAUGGGAUCGAGCUCCCGCGAUCUCACCUGCCGACAUGAGGACGGACGUGUUCACCGCUCGGCCAUCGCGCUCCCAAAGCUUCAGAGACCCCCCUCUGAAAGAUCCCACCCUGUGUGGGAUAGAAAGACAGCGGCCAGGCUCCCUGUCGUCGGCGCUGGGAGCUCAGAGCCACGCCCCCUCCUUCCCCGCCCUCCCACGACCCUCAGCCAGUAGCUCUUUCAAAAACCACUUCACUUUAGGUCGUACAGUAUCAGCCUCGGGGACCACAGGGCCUUUCAGGGCCUUCCCCAAGUCUCUCAGCGUCGACUUUGGAGGUCUGAACCACCCUCAGCAGCCUCCUCUGCCCCAGUCUCUGUCCCAGCAGCAGCCUGGAAGUGUCGGCCAGACGACGCCACCGGUCAGCAGCUCCAACGCCCAGGACAGAUACGCUGCAGUGUCACAUUUGGACAGCGUCUUCUCUGACACGUCAACACCCACAGCUCCACCUGGUGGCCCCCCGCAGUACAACGCCAUCUUCGGCAGCAGGCUCUCGUCCAGCUCCACUCCUGCCAGCUCCCCCGGUGUCGAUACAGUCUCCAGCUCCCAAACCUUUGCCAAUUUCCUAAACCCAUUCAGCUCCAGCUCCAGCUCCGCUUCCCAGCAGCCCGUCGCCCUCUCCCCCAGUAACCCCUUCAGCAACGCAUCAGGAGGUGACUCCAGUGCGUUCGUCACCUCGCCCACCUCCGUCUUUCCUCCGUCCGCCCCCUUCCCAGCACCCAGCACCCAGAAUGCAUUUCAUCAUGAGUCAGCCAGCAACCAGGAAGCCAAUGGUUUUGCCUCCUUCCCUGCACCCGACUCUCAGCCCAAAGUCCCUCGGCCGAUGUCGGUGAACCCGUUUACGGGAAAUGUUUACCCCAGUCGAGGGACUUCGCGGAACCCUUUCAUCUGACCCCCCCACCCCCCCACCCACCACCACCACCACCACCUCCUCCCAUUACUUCACCCACCCAUCCAUCUCUGGGAACCGAGGGAGAAGUGAACCCGAGGAGUUGCUGCCAUUUCAAUGCCUCUGGAGUAUUCUCGCCCUCUGAGGGAGGGUCCGACGUCCUCUCCCUCCCUCCCUCUCUCUCUCUGUCUGUGUUUACGUGUUUGUGGAGGAAAAACAAAAAAAAGUGUGAAUGUAAUUAUGAAAUUCAUGUGUGUGUGUGAGAUCAGUCGCCUGCUGUGUUUGUACCAUGUGUGUGACAUGUGUGUCAAAAAGGUGUUUGUGUGCCAGUAGACGCCACCUCAGGGCUCUGUGGGAGUCACGAGUAAACGACGCCUCUAUGAUUUUUUGCAGAGUAUAUGACACACACAUAAACAUGCUGCUGCUGCUACUUUGCUUUCAUCUCCUGCUUACAAGUGCAAAAAAACCAGCCCGUCAGUGAAUGCAUCAGCAUCGUCUCCUGGUGUAACAAAAGUUGUCCAAAGGAAGAGCCAGUUGAGACUCUGCAUCACGAGUUUCUACAGAUGGUUAUAACAGCCUUAAUAGUCUCCUGAUGCAUGUCAGUUAGCGUGGAGAGAUAAGACGGGCUUUUCUCUGUGGUGGGUGUGUGGAACAUGUUUGCAUUUGUCACCGUUUUUUUUUUUUAAAUUCAUCCUUUGAAGGAUCAUUUUUCCAUUUCCUAUAGGCUGCAUGCGCUUAGAGGGCUAAAAGGAGAUGCUACUGAAUGUAAAGCAAUUUCAGAAUAACUUAAAUGUGUAUAAAAAACGUCAUCGCUUCAUGUUCCGGACCAAAAUGUUUCUGGCUUUUUCUUUUCUUUUUCUUUUUUUGGUUGACAUGGAGGCGAUUUACAUUAUUUUGCCAAACAAAAAAACAGAGAUUCAUGAAACAACGUCUUUGUAAUGACAAGUAUUCAUGUUCAUAAAAUCAGUUUGUUGCUUCUUACGACA